AGUGCCUGGCAUUUGCUACUCAACCGUUUUAGUUGUCGUGUCGCUCGCUCGCAUUUUUAAAUCCGUUUCGAAAUCGUUUGUUAACCCUUUGACUAACGUUGAGCAAUUUCCAUGGUUUUGUAUCGUUUCAGAGUUGAAAGCGACCAUGCGCGCAUGGCUUCUACUCCUCGCAGUGCUGGCGACUUUUCAACCGAUCGUUCAAGUUGCUAGCACCGAGGAUAUUACUUCGAGUUUCAUACAGGCGAUAUCCCCGUCAAUAAUAGAAGAGGAACUACAACAACAACAGCAGCAGCAAGACUUAUUUGAAUUGGCGAAGCAACGCGACACGCGUACAAUAUACAACAACAAUAAUAAUAAUAAAAACAAUAACAAUAGUGCGCAACAAUUAGUGGCGGCAAGCAGACAAUUAACGGCAAUAAGCCCUGUAAUCGAUAUAACUGCGUUAUCGGUGACAAAAAGAACACAAAGUGCAACAACAACAACAAAAGCAAAAACAGCGAUCGCUACGAUCUUUAGCUACAAUCGGCGCAGUGAUAGUGAUAAUUAUACAAAUAACGGUAAUCAUUUAAAUCAAUUUAGUGCAAAGGAUAUUAAAGCAAACGCAAGUGGUGCAACAAACAGUGACGCAACAACAGCAAUUGUUGUUGCAGUGCAAGAGAAGAAACAACAAAAAUUCAAUAAACAAAUUACAAAAACAAAUCAAAAGCACAACGAAGUGAACGAUAAGCAUAAUAGUUUAAUAGAAAUUACGCGAAGCAAAAACAACAGCAACAAUAACGCAGUGCAAGUGCAACAAUUAGCAAAUACUAGCGAUAAAACGAAAAGCGCGCCAACAACAACAGCAAAAAGUAGUAAAAAGCUUAAAGCAACAACAAGUGCAGUGUUAAGUGAACAAGUGGAAGCGGAAGCGAAAGAAGAAGAAGCAGAAAAAAGCGAAAUGGCUAUACAGGAGCAUAGAUUAGCGACAGCGCAGGAGCAUAGCAAGCGGCACAGAAAUCAUAAGAAGCAACAACAACAGCAUAGACAGCAGCAACAUAUGCAACAACAACUACAAGAUAUGCAACAGCAACACAGCGCGGAACAACACACAGCGUCGGCGCAUUUAGCGACGGCGGAGCGCUUGGCCGCUAGUGAGGCCACUACAACGACGCAUCUAGAAGCCGCUGAAAAGUUGGCACAAGAUGCCAGCCGCGCCGCCAACACUCCCGCUACAAGGACAAGCGCCUCCAGUGACGCAUCUACAGCGUCGGUUAGCGACGAUUUGGUCGCCAGCGACGACGAUGAAGGCGACAGCGAAAGCGAUGUCACAGAACCCGCCACAUACAGUAAUAAGGAGAUUAUCGGUGAAAAAUUGAAACCGGAUCCCUCGACGCUAGUCCAAAUCGAGAAUAGCCUGUUGUCGCUGUUCAAUAUGAAGAGGCCACCAAAAAUUGAUCGUUCGAAAAUCAUCAUACCCGAAGCGAUGAAACAAUUGUACGCGCAAAUUAUGGGUCACGAAUUGGAUAUGGAGACUAUACGUAGACCGAGUAUGCUGUCACGUUCGGCGAAUACAGUACGAAGUUUUACACAUAUUGAAAGUAAAAUUGACGAUCGAUUUCCGCAUCAUCAUCGGUUUCGCUUGUACUUCAACGUGAAGAGCAUACCCACCGAGGAGAAGUUGCGCGCUGCCGAUCUGCAGCUAUCACGUGAAGCCAUCAGCGAUGCAGUGCUUAGCGAGCGUCUCGCGAAUCGAACAAGCUAUCAAGUGCUCGUCUACGACAUCACACGAGUGGGUGUGCGCGGCAAGCGUGAGCCCAGCUAUAAGCUGUUGGACAACAAAUUGGUGCAUUUGAAUAGUACCGAUACAGUGAGUCUCGACGUACAGCGUGCGGUGGAUCGGUGGUUGGCGACACCGAAAAAGAAUUACGGGCUGCUGAUCGAAGUGCGAACGUUGCGUACACUCAAACCGGCGCCACAUCAACAUGUACGACUGCGACGCAGUGUCGACGAGCCGCACGAUAGUUGGCAACAUAAACAACCAGUGCUCUACGCGUACACCGACGAUGGCAAACAUCGUAUGCGUUCGGCGCGUGAUGCAACAACCAGCUCGUCGCGUUCAAAGCGUGCCGGUCAUCAUCGACGGGCGCAUCGUAGGAAAAAUAGUGAUGAGAUAUGUCGACGACAUUCGCUGUAUGUGGAUUUUGCGGAUGUCGGCUGGAGUGAUUGGAUUGUGGCACCGCCGGGCUAUGAUGCGUUCUACUGUCAGGGCAAAUGUCCGUUUCCGCUGGCCGAACAUUUGAAUUCGACAAAUCAUGCGGUCGUGCAAACCUUAGUCAAUAAUCUCAAUCCGGGAAAGGUACCAAAGGCCUGCUGUGUGCCAACACAGUUGGAGGGCAUAUCGAUGCUCUAUUUGAAUGAUCAGAAUACCGUUGUGCUUAAGAACUAUCAGGAUAUGACGGUGGUCGGCUGUGGGUGUCGGUAAUAAGGCGCUAAUGUGAAAGCAACAAAGCAAGAAAACAACAAGUUAACAAAACAGCAAUAACAGUAAAAGAAAAUACAAUGCUCGAAACGACGAAGAAGGCAACAGAAAAGCAACCAGACGGAUAACUGUUGAUAUUCGCUAAAAACGAAAUCACAAACGAAUGCAAAAUAAACCAGAAGCCAAACCAAUGUCGUCGAUAGCGUAUUACGAAUACAUCGACCAAAAAAAGAUGUGUCCGAAAACGACCAGUGUAUGUGUGUGGGUGCGUGUUCGUGUUCGUGUGCGUCGAGUCAUACGCCGACUGACAGCUAAAAGAGAAAACGAGACAACGCCAACGUGUAUAUGAAUUGGUAGACGUCAAUUCGUUAAUAGCACGACGUGUGUGUAAAUGGAACGAGUGCGUGAGAGAGCGAGAGCGCAAAAGUAGUUGACGAUUAGCCGCUAUGCUCUUACCAAAGGACGAAAGGUCAGAGUUCACGCAAGCAGCGGAUAGCACAUCGCUCAUUUUCUGUCUUUCUCUCUCUCUCUCUUGCACAAACACGAGCGCACACGCAUCGGGAGCGCAGACGCGAGAGCAUUAAAUGCUGGGUUUCAAGCCGCUUCACGCUUUAAUAAGUUUAAAUUUUAUUAAACGAAAUGCAAACAAAAUGGACUGAAUAUAUGAAUUUUAAGUAUACAUUUUAGACUUUAUUUCUUAAAAUAGAGCAAGUUAAUAAGUGAAACAUUAGCAAAGCACAGCGCAAGGCUGAAGAAGUUAACAGACAGUUGCAAGCGCGCGCAACACCAAAACGAUUGUCACAAUUGACAGCCAGGCUGCCAAGACGUUCGACAGUUCGGUUAGAGAGAGCGCGCGCGCACUCAGCGCCGCAGAGCAGCAGACACUUCGUGAUCGCACAAAUAGCACGGCAGGGACGACGCGCUGCGCGUGAAAGCCAGAAGAAUUUGUGAAAAAACAACGUAAGGCAGCGCGCGCAGGAGUUAGAAAAUGAGCGCAUGCAUUUAUGUACUCAAAAACAUAUUGUAUACAUAUAAACAUUGUAUAUGGUGUAGUAUAUGCCAUGCCUGAAACACUUGCAUCACCGCCACCAACGCGCGCCCUACGUAGCAUCAACGCCGCCACCGCCGCCGCAUCACUACAGCUAUUUCCACGGCGCUGCUGGGCACUUAAUGCCAGCCGCUUACUACGCAACGUAGCGCGUUGCCAACUAUUAUGUACUUUGUUGGCGUAAAUGUCCGAAAACAAGCUCUGCGCAGACGCAACUGAGCUAGCUAGCUGAGGUGUAAAGAACCAUUUGUACAGUAGUGUUAGAAAAAAGCAAAAUAUUUUUAUUAUUAAUUUUAAAUAAAUUAAUUAAAAUUAAUAAAUGUCUUGUUAAUAGUUUUUAUUUUUUAAAAAUGUACCAUGUAAUAUGUGUAAAGCGCAAAAAUAGCAUUUGUUUUAUAUAUUUUUAUUAUUAUUAUUUUUUUUUCGUUUUUUCUUUGUUUUACAAUCGAAUUGUGUCAUUCGUAGUCACUGUAGCUGAUGUACAGUUGAAUAGGCGAGUCAGAAGCGAAGAUGUGAAUAAAUUAUUCAAAUUGAUAUUGGGAAAAAGUGCUUUUAUUAAACAAAAUUCCAUAGAAAAUUAUACGACUUGCGCUUUCUUUCGAACGAAGAGAGCACGCAAGUGCAUAACGCCAAGCAACGCUCUUUGUAUAUACAUAUAUACAUUAUAUAUAUAUAUGUUUGUAUGAAAAUUCUAAUUGAUUAAAGUUUAUGUAGAAAACAAAGCACAACAAGAGCAACAACAACAACUUUAUGUUGUGGCGGCUGCCGCACGGCGUGGCACGCGGUCAGUUGCCCGCUGUAGCCGCUCACCGUUUGGCAUCGUAGGCCUCGAUUAUAAUGCAUUACUGACCUAUACUACUUAUUAUUACAUACUUAUGUUAAUGUAUAUGUAUAUUAUUUUUAAAUUUAAGUUUUUUAGCAGUUUUUUUGUAAUUUUAUUCAAAUUGUUUGUGCAGUUGUGUGACGAAUAUGUUGAUACUAUUUUUAAAUGAAAAAUUAUGCAUAACUAUUUUGUAAAGUGUUUUUUCUACUAUCGAUUUAUAUACUAUAUAUAUGUAUGUAUGUAUAUAUACAUAUUAUGUAUGCAUAAGUGUAUGUGUAUGUUUUCCUAAACAAUUUUGCAAUCAUAAAACAAGUUAUUAUACUAUAAAUAUAUAUAAAUUUUAUUAUAUAUAAAUAUAUAGAAUUUUUGUUUCAAGUAUACUAUAUAAACUACGAUAAAUAUAUAUAUAUAUGUGUAUGUAUGUAGUAGCUUUUAACAAUAAUUAUUUUUAAGUGGAAAAAAUACUGAAAAUUAUGAUGAAAUGUUAUAAACAACACUCACACACACUUACACACACACAAAGCAACAUAAAUAAACAAACACACAUUUUUAUUUAUUUAUAAAUAUAUUUGAGAACAAAAAGAAAACGCAACGAAAGAAAGAAAAAAAUAUAAAACAAAAUUUUUUAUACAAAAAAUAAA